AAAAACUUGAAAAUAGCUGACAUUGAACAGCCGCUCCUACCUUCCAAGUAGCUUCCAAUUUCUCUGACCAAAAACGAUCAAUCUCGUACUGUCAGUUUCUCCGUCCCUCUAUGACCCGCUAAACUCUCCUAUCUCUCUACAAUUUCCUCAACCUAAGGCUCAAAAUCAUCAAAAAAAAAAAAAAAAGAGAAAAAGAAAAACUCCUCCCAAACACCAUGUCCAACCAAUACGACGAUGAAAAAUCCGAUACCCCCCCACCCUUUGAUCCAUCAACGCCGUCCAUUCCCAUCUCCUACCCGAUCAAGACCCUUGAAGACCUUGACUCUGGUUCUUACUUCACUUCUUUUCACUAUCCUUUUAAUAAAUCCACUGUUCCUCUCCAACAGCCCAAUCCAGCUUUGGCUCAAAGGCCUAGGAUGUUGGUUUGCCAUGACAUGCAAGGUGGUUACUUGGAUGAUAAGUGGGUCCAGGGCGGCGAUAAUUCCAGUGCUUAUGCCAUCUGGCACUGGUAUUUGAUCGAUAUUUUUGUUUAUUUUUCCCAUAAUUUGGUCACCUUGCCUCCUCCUUGUUGGACCAAUGCUGCUCAUAGGCAUGGAGUUAAGGUAUUGGGGACAUUCAUCACAGAAUGGGAUGAAGGGAAAGCAAUUUGCAACAAACUGCUCUCAACAAAGGAGUCUGCUCAUAAUUAUGCUGAACGCUUGGCAGACCUUGCGGUUGCUUUGGGCUUUGAUGGAUGGCUGCUCAAUAUGGAAGUUCAACUGGAUGUCGGGCAAAUCCCUAAUCUGAAAGAAUUUGUUAGCCAUUUAACUCAGACUAUGCACUCCUCACUUCCUGGAUCUUUGGUUAUAUGGUAUGAUAGUGUUACAAUUGGUGGAAAUCUUAGUUGGCAAAAUCAAUUGAAUGAAAAGAAUAAACCUUUCUUUGAUAUUAGUGAUGGAAUCUUCGUUAACUAUUCAUGGGAGGAGGACUAUCCAAAGCUUUCAGCAACAGUCGCUGGUGAUAGAAAGUUUGAUGUCUACAUGGGAAUUGAUGUAUUUGGAAGGGGAACUUAUGGUGGUGGGCAAUGGACUACAAACAUUGCACUUGGUGCGAUAAAGAAGGAUAAUGUUUCAGCUGCCCUAUUUGCUCCUGGAUGGGUUUAUGAAACAAAACAACCCCCUGAUUUUCAGACUGCUCAAAACCGUUGGUGGGCUCUUGUUGAGCAAUCAUGGGGAAUUGUACAAAAGUAUCCUCGAGUACUACCAUUCUAUUCAAAUUUUGAUCAGGGCCAUGGUAAUCAUAUUUCCAUCGAUGGAGCCCAAGUAUUAAGCACUCAAUGGAAUAACAUUUCUUCACAAACCUUUCAGCCUUUCCUUGAGUAUGCUGAUGGUCCUACUUCAAAUAAUAUUGAAGUCCAUGUUAACUUUAAGGAAGCAUCUUUUAGCGGAGGAGGAAACCUCACAUUUAAAGGAACUCUUGAAGCCGAUGCUUAUGUCUCUACCAGACUCUUUUUAGGAGAGCUUCUUAUGGGUGGCUUACCCGUUCAUUUCACAUAUUCUGUAAAAUCAGAAGGUAACUCUCGAGUGGGCCUUUCUCUUGAAUUCUCUUCUGAAAUGAAAGGGAAAAAGAGGUUGCUUCUUGCAUCCCAUGAAAUGAACAAAUUCUCAAGCAAAUUUAGUGAAGUGAUUGUGCCACGUCAACUUACAAAACAGGAGGUGGCUCCAGGAUGGGUUAUACUGGAGAGUAGCAUUGCAAUGAACGGAUACACAUUAACAGAAAUUCAUGCGGUAUGCUACAGGCAACAGCCUGAAAAUAGUGUACUUAGAUCAGCAGCUAGAUCAAAUAACCAGGAUCCAGCGGAAUAUUUUGCCGUGCUUGGCCAUAUUAGAAUUUCAACUGCUGACCAGAAUACAGAAUUUCCUCCAUCAACUUCCUGGAUCGUUGAGGGUCAAGAUGUUGAAUGGGGAGGUUCUCAAGGUUCCCAAACCCUUAGUCUUAAGCUCAGCUGGAAACUGAAAGAUGGAAAGAAUUCUCUUUUCCCAGGUUACAAUAUCUACGUUGAGAAACUAACUAAACAAUGGGUCAGAGCUCUAGGAAGAAGGCUAGAAGGCGUACGGGAUUACAUUGGAGUGGCACACGUAGAAGCCUUCUAUUUAUCUGGCCUUGUCAUCCCUUCUGGCACUUCUAGCCUCAAAUUUAUUAUUCAAGUGUGUGAUGGUAAUGGUACUAGCCAAAAGCUUGAUGAUGCUCCAUUUUUUCAACUCAAUGUUGAAGGUCAAUGAACAUUAUUGCUUUCGUCGCUUUGCAUUAGUUCUGGGCAAGAAAAACAUUGGUCGCUAGGAAAUGGAAGCUACUGUAUCAUGACAAUAAACUGGAAAUAAACUGUCAACACUAUUAAAUUUGAACCUUUACAUGCCAGUAUUGACUUAUGGCGAUUAAAAUGUCUCCUAUAUGACAUUAUUAGACUGUUCGGGCUGUUUGGUUGCAUUGCAAGGAUCUUGUCGUUUUGUUUGCAUUUAUAUCUUCUUUACUUGAUUAGUUUCUACCUAGUAAGUGGUUAUGUUGCUUCCCAGUUGACGAAUUCCAUUUAUAAAAAGAGGCUCCACUAAAAUGAAUCAUUGUUUAUACACCAGAGGAAGAUAGCGUCUCAUUUAACAUGUUAAAGAUUUCAUGAGAAAAAAGAUAUAAACUAAAAAUGGAAUAUUCUAUCUAGUUCUUCUUAAGGCCAAAAUAUCAGCUGAAUUCUUAAUUUAUUUUUAAAUUUAUCUGUAUAGAUGU